AUGGAGAUCCUUGGUCCCCACGCAAAGGGAAAGAAGGAGACUUGGCUCUUUGUUGCCUUUGAGAUACUGUCUUUGAAUCUCUCAUACUUGAAUUCCGCUGCAUUGAUACCCCAUAGCUCUGUGUCGCGUUGGACUAGCAUAAUAGGUAGACUGAUUUCAACACCGGCUGGUAGUGGCUAUCAGUCUGAACAAAGGGAAUGUUUCUGUCCUCCGGAAAUAAGAAAUGUUGUUGAAAACUUCCUUGAUAUGCUCAGGAUCCAUUAUCGUGAUGACUGGUGUAGUUCCAAGGCAUGUAGAGUUUAG